AUGCCUUCUUCUGCGCCGAUUGUAAUCUCAGGCCCGUCUGGGGUCGGCAAGGGUACCCUCAUUAAGAAGCUUUUUGAUGCGCACCCUGACACCUUCGCAUUCACCGUCUCGCAUACCACUCGAUCCCCGAGAGUCGGGGAGGCUGACGGAGUCAGCUACUUCUUCGUUGACCGCUCGAAGUUCGCCGAUCUGAUCGCCGAGGGCGCCUUUGUUGAACAUGCGACAUUCGGCAGCAACCAAUAUGGCACAAGCAAGCAAACAAUUGCCGACCAAACAGCCAAGGGGCGCAUUGUUGUGUUGGACAUUGAGAUGAAUGGUGUCAAGCAGAUGAAGUCAAACUCUGGCAUUGAUGCCCGCUAUGUCUUCAUUAGCCCACCGAAAUUUGAGGAUCUCGAAAAGCGUCUUCGGGGACGUGGCACCGAAAAGGAUGAAGACGUCCAAAAGAGACUGGAACAAGCCAAAGCUGAGCUUGAAUAUGCUGAGACCGGUGUCCAUGACAAGAUCAUUGUCAAUGAUGAUCUGGAGGUUGCAUACCGGGAACUUGAGAGCUUCAUUUUUCAAGAGUGA